UUCAGACCAGGGGCUUCUGGGAAGUGGUGCUCAUGGCAACCACUGUAAAUAUUAGCCUCCCUCCUCUUGCUAGUCGCGACUCUGCGUAAGCGUCAAACCCGGACAAAAUGUCAAGCGUGACCCACGUCGAAGACAGUUAUUUACAGAGGAUAACGUCUAUUCAGCAAAGCAUGCACCAGAGGGAGAAACAAAGGCUGCAUUUGGAGAAGCAGCUGUUUGCUUGCUCUAUUCCUAAUAAACGAAUCUCUCAAAUAAAGAGUUAUCUCAAGCAAAUCUGUGUCAGGGAAGCACAAGCGAAAAUGAGAAACCUUGAGCUUUUGAGAGACGUGGAGUGCCUUCACAUUAGCAUGCAGGAAUACAGUCCAAACCUUUUCCCCUUGCAACAACAAAAGGCUGAAUUUUCAAGAAAGAUUGCUAGAUUUAUGGAUGAAAUGAAGACAACAAGCAAAGCAAAGCUGAAGCCUAUACAAGGUGAUUGCAAGAACCGCUCACUCCUUCACAUAGCGGAGGAUUUUUCAAAUGCACCUGCAGUUUUUUCGAUGGGCCACCAAACCUCCAGAGGGUCCAGUAUACUUUCACACCAAGCAUUGCACCGUUCACGGUCACCCAAUCGAAGCAAAAGACAACCAAGUGGCCUUUUGAAGGACUUUAGAGUUGUCAGAGUGGAUGCCGCCGCCAAUCGAGCACAUUUAUCAGAUGGCAUUUCAGCUUCAGAUAAUUCUCCCAACGGCUGUAAUUUCAGUGACAAACAUUCAAGAAUGUCAGUAGUGCUCCAGUCUGGUUGUGGUACAACAAUAGUUCCUGGCAAUGCGCAUAUUGCGAAUGAGGAUGAACAAGAACAGGCUCCCGUGGUGACCUUGGAGAGUCCCCGGAGGAAUACAUCUAGAGGCACCACCAAUAACUCAAUGAAGCUCAAGAAUCCCGCUGCUGAACAUGCUAACUCCGGAGAGAUUGCUCCUCAGAUGCCCUUUAUGGAAGAUUCAGGAAGAGGUUUUAGCCAUUUGAUGCCUGAAGCCUCCUCUGGAAGAAAAACAGAAGAUGUCUCAGGCAGAUCUGGGAGUUUCAGCUCAAAGUCUGAUGUGCAGUUGUCUGAGAGCAGUGUGAGUGACCUGUCCAUUUCGUUGACACAAUCUGAGCCAGAAGAUGAUGAUAAUGAAAGUGAAGGGACUGCACAAAAUACCAAUUCGGAGGGAAGCUGGUGUGGCCCUGUCACUAUCCUCAAGUCUAAUGGGUCCAAGAACACACCUCACUACAGACGUGAAAUACUCUCCCGAGAAGGACUCUUCAAACUACUAGACUCCAUUGAAGGGCGACUCUAUGGUGAGCAGACAAGGGUGUACCGAGAUGUUUCAUUUGAUGAAAGACAACUCAUGCGAAUUAUCAGCCUUUGUGACAGUGGAGCGGGCUUGAAUGAGGAAGACCUUGAAGCAUGCGGUGCAGUGGUGCUUCAUGAGCUUCAGAGGUUGUCAUGGAGCACAACGAAGGGCUGCCUGCUACCACAGGAGCUUGUGAGUGCACACCAGUCUACCACUGAGCAUAUUGCUAUCAGCCUCCCUGCUGAUGCCGCUCAGCUGUGGGAUCGCUGGUUCAAGCACGCCCUUCUGCUUAAGGAGAGCCGUGUCCUCAGCGCUGAGCGCCUGGUCGAGCUGUUCACGCCACUGCUUGUGGAGCGCCAUGCAACAUACAGCCACCAGGCCAAAGUGCUGCUGAGGACACUUUUGACCCGGUCCAGUGAGGAGAGCCCCUCAGCAGAUGAUGAGAAUGACUCGUCUUUUUCUUGUGGCCCUCAUUCUCAUAGUGGAGAUGUGAAGCCUGCCAGUAAGAUCCAAAAGGAACAGAUCAAAGAACUACAAAGUGCUGAAGAGGACAGCCAGGACGAAAGCCCUGUGGAAAGUGUUCCUAUUAGAGAGACAAAAGCGUAUCAGUUACUUAAGCUAUCAGCCAUGCAAGAACGGUUGCAGAGUUCUGAAGAAGAGGAGGAGGAGGAGGAUGAAGAUAGAGAGGAGGAUGGCCCUUCAGGAAUAAAUCAUGGCCAUGAAGUGGACCUUGGGAGGGCCAAAUGCUCCUCAGAUCAAGACCCUUACCCACGGAAGGACAAGGUGAACCCAAAGAUUUAUUCUGCUCUGCAGUCAAAUGCAUUUUGGGGGGACUCGGAUGACAGCAACUCAGAGAUUGAAGCAGCUUUGCGUCCUCAACCUUUCAACACAAAUGACGACGAUGACACAGACGAUUUCUAUGACUGACAUUAGGGUCGCGGGUAUGCUGGAGCCUAUGCGGGGUGCAACGUGGCUAAUGUAUAUUAUUUUACAUCUCGACCGCUAUAUUAGUGGUUUGCAUUGUAAACUUGGUCCAGGUGUCAUAAAAACAAAUAAAGUUGACAACUCUGACAUUGGGUAAAGUAUGUGAAGAGUUGCUCAACACUCUGAUGUUAACCCUGCUUCAGUCUCUUUAUCUGAACAACUCUCCCCACUCAUAAUAGCAGCUCGAAAUAGAUUAAACAGAUCUUUUAAAGCGAUUUGUUUGCACUAGGCUAGAAAUCAUGCAUUUUGAAUGCCGCAAGCAUCUCAGAGUGCUCUGCCUCCAGCAUGCUCGAGUGUAGUGAUGUGAGUCACCUGUGAAAUGACAAAACACAAUGGCCACUCUGAACGCUGCCGCACAACCUGUGAACCUCCUGAAGAGGCCCGUCCCUCGCUCCUCCCGCAGGGGUACAAAGUGUUACCACAAGCAAAGUCCAAUUAUUGGUACUGCAUGUGCCCUAUUAUGUUUACAUCUGCUUUUAAUUGUGGAAAUUAACAUUUCUCUUUUAAUUUUUUGCAUGCAUACAAGCACACGUCAUUUGAAUUGCUGCCAAAGAUCGUAUAUUCCAUUUCAUUGUACAGUACGUCUCUCUACGGAAGCCCCAAAGUUUUAGUUCUUAGUAAUUGUAAUUGAAAUGCUGUUCUUUAAUAAAGAAAAGCCAGCAUAUUGCAUUGUUAUGAUAAAUACUGUAUAUGCAGUUUAUUGGUUCCAGACCUGACCAUGAUCAGUAAAUUUCCUCAAAGUGGGAUUCCUGUUUUAAUAUUUUAUAUUUUCCUAGUUACGGCAAAGAAAAUACUUUUUUUUUUUUUACAUUAUUAGAACCAUCUAGAAAUGAAAUAACAGAACUUUUACACUUGUACACUUGUCAUCAAGAGAAAAUAAGCCUUUUAAGACAGACGGAGAAAUAAAACUUGCGCUUGAGUGUGUUGAAAUAAAGGUGUUCCCAACAUGUGGAGGACGGGAAGUGACGUCGGGGGUUCAGAAUUGAGUUUUAGUAAUUUAUAGCCGCAAUAGUAGCCCGUGUUAUUGUUAUUAUUAUUAUUAUUAUUAUUAUUAUGUUAUUACUAUUGUGCCUGAUAAUUCAAACCUGCAAUAAAAGCCUGUUGUUCUGGCGAUCAAGCCUGA